AUGGAAGACUUUCUGUCACUUGUAAAUGGUAUCCCAAUACCAAAGGAUUGCGAUAUGGAACAAGUAAUGUCAAGCUGUCUUGAAUCCACAGAUGAUCAACUUAAUUUAUUUUUUAAUCAUGAUCCAAAUAGCAUGUCUUCGAUUCCAAGUCCACAAGGGAACAUUAAUAUCAUAAAUAAUUCAGACCAUGAUAUAAAUAGCUACGUAGAUAAUGUACAAUCAGAUAAUUAUACUAUCUCCAGCCAAAAUGCUACAGAAUUAGGCGAGAAUGUAAUGCGCAACCAAGAAUUUUUACAAUCAGGUUAUGUAAUUGGUUUUCCAAAGACUGUAUAUUCAGACGAUGAUAAAGCUUGCAGCCAAAAUGUUACCCAAUCAGAUGAUGAAACAAUUGUCAUCCAAGAAUUUAUAAACUUAGAUGAUUACAAUCAUCCAAAUAGUCCGCAAACUUCACCUCAUGAUAGUGAUGAUGAAUUACCUUCUUUUUCACACAGAAAAGUACGUAGAGGAAAGAACUUACCCCCAGAUGCUAAAGCAUAUCUUAAUAGUUGGCUAUUACAGCAUCGUUACAAUCCAUACCCAUCUAAGAAGGAAAAAGAGUUAAUAAUGGAUAGGUUUGGGAUUACAAAGAAACAGCUAGCAACAUUUUUAGUCAAUGCCAGAAUGAGAUUCCUUCAAAGGUUUGGAUAUGAAGGCAAAAAGCAUAAGAAAAGUACAUCGAGUUCUCAAGAACUUACCCCUCUAAAUAUAUCAUUUGACUAA